AUGUUUGUUACAGUGUCUCUAGUGGACUCUAAGAUGCCAGUGCUGCUGGCCAGACUUCCGUUGCUGAUCUCCUUGAAAAUGCUGGCUGAGUCUCAUCUCAUGAUGGAUAUGGCUCUGCAUUCCUUUGAUGACCAGUAUCUGGGGUGCAGAGAGCAGGUGAUGGAAGAACUGAAGCGAGGAGACUAUUUCCAAAAAGAAAUAGCUGCUAACAAGGACUAUUUGAGUCUCUGGAAAAAGGCUCAGGAGGCUUUAUUAAAGAGCCCUGUAAGACUCCUGAGGGAGAUGCAUGAGAGCCAUGCCAUAGUCCUCAUGGCUUACACCAUGAACUCUUCCCUGCACUCUCAGCUGAACUGGGCCACAUCUACAGCAGGAAGCUCUCCAGAGAACUACAGACACAACUUCAGCUUCAAAUACUUUCAUUUUUAUCUAACAACUGCUAUCCAGAUAAUGAAGCAGUGGCAGACCAGCAAGGAGAGCAUGGGGAAACGUAAGUGCUACCGGGUGCAUAGGGGUGUGAAAGACUUAUAUAUUGAGGCCAUGGUAGGCAGCAGGGUGCGAUUUGGCCGUUUCACCUCCACCUCCCACCUGUGGAAUGAAGCCCAGAAGUUUGGGAAUGAAACUUUGUUCACGGUGACCACUUGCCUGGGAGCAGCUGUUCAAGGCUUUUCUUACUACACAUCUGAGAAGGAAGUCCUCAUUCCCCCUUAUGAGAUAUUCCUUGUUAAAAGCUUCUUUCGGACACAGCACGGUAACCGUCUGCAUCUGCAUUCUGUGGGGAACUACAGCAAGUACCACUGCCAGCUCAUGGAAGCUUCAAGAAGCAAGAACAGUGGUUCCACAGCCCUCGCCUCUACUGUUCUUCCUAGUGUAGUUGGAGUUUUCAUGUGUUUGGUCUGCAAUGACUGA